AUGAAGUACGUUGGUGCGCUUGAUCAGGGCACAACGUCGACCCGCUUCAUUAUUUUUGACGAGAGGCAGCGCAUGGUUGCGCGGCAUCAGAUUCCGCUUACCCAGUUGACGCCGCGGGCGGGCUGGGUUGAGCAUGACCCAAUGGAGCUCUUUCACGCCAGCUGCACGUGCAUCGCCGCUGCGAUGGAGGGUUUGCGGAGGAAGGUGCCUUCUUUUCUGAAACUCGAGGCCAUCGGUAUUACGAACCAGCGUCAGACGACGGUAGCAUGGGAUCGUGUGACGCAGAAGCCUUUGUGUGAUGCGAUUGUGUGGAAUGACCUGCGCACGUAUGAAGUGACUUCGCGUGUGUUAAAGGGGGUGGGUGGUGGCGAUCCCUUGUUUGCCGCCAAAACGAACGGCUUGCGGGUAAGCACGUUUUUUUCUGCCUUCAAGAUGCGCUGGAUGCUCGACAACGUUGCGAAUGUGGCCGAGGCGCGUCGGCGUGGCACUCUCUGCUUUGGAACCGUGGACUCUUGGUUGCUCUGGAACCUGAGUGGAGGGAAGGUGUUCGCGACGGAUGUGGCAAAUGCGUCAUGCACGUUUUUGAUGGAUAUACGCACGUGCAAGUGGUCCGCUGAGCUUUGCCACAAACUUGGCAUUCCUAUGCAAUGCCUGCCUGAGAUUCGGAGCAACAGCGAGCUCUUUACCUAUGUUGCCGAAGAGGUCGGCCUAACGGCGGCGCUGCAACACCCAACGCCAAUCAUGGGGUGCAUAGGUGAUCAGCAGGGUGCGUUGCUUGGGAACAUGUGCUUCAAAAAAGGCGAAGCAAAGAAUACGUACGGCACAGGCUGCUUUCUGCUUAUGAAUGUGGGGGAGGAGGUGCGUUUUUCAAACAACGGUCUUCUCUCCGUUGUUGCCUAUCAGCUUGGCAACAAGUCUCCGUUCACUUACGCCCUCGAAGGCUCCAUUGCCGGAGCUGGCUCGACGAUUGAAUGGUUUAAGGAUAAUAUGAGGCUCAUCAAAGACGUCUCAGAAUGUGAACGUUUGGCCCAAAGUGUCUCUGACACGCAAGGUGUCAUGCUCGUGCCUGCGUUUUCCGGUUUUCUGGCACCCAAGUGGGACCCUACUGCCCGUGGAACAAUUGUGGGCAUAACACUGAAGACAACCCGCGCCCACAUCUUGCGCGCCGCGCUACUUGCCAUUGCCCUCCAAGUCCUCGAUGUUUUGGAGGCAAUUGAGAAGGACGCGGAACUUCAGGUUCAGUUUCUUCGUGUGGAUGGUGGACUAACUGCAAAUCACCUUUUAAUGGAGAUGCAGUCAGACCUCCUGGGGAUCGAACUUCGCAUCCCGACGAUGGCCGAGACCACGGCACUCGGUGCGGCUCUGUGCGCCGGCCUGGCGGCAGGCGUCUGGAAGUCGCUGGAUGAGGCAAAAGCGGUAUCGGAAAAAUCGACCGUUUUGCGUGUAAUUAGGCCUGCUGUGUCUGCGGAUUCCAAAAAAAGGUUAACGGAACAAUGGAAGCGGGCACAGCGACGCGCCAAAUGGGCCAAGUUGUAA